AUGAAUCGCCGGUUUUACAAGAUCUCAAACACACAGAGGGAUGAACUUGGAAAUGUGUCCUACUUGAGAGAGAACGAUAUAACAUCCAUGGGGUAUGCCUCUAUCAUUUUGAAAUGUGGAAUGAGGUUUAAGAGUUCUCCAAUCUUGCAAAUCUAUUCUCAUCUGGUAUUUACCUCGACUCACAAUGCCGUUCAAGAGUCGCUUUGCAUCGCAUGGAGCAUCAAUGGAUUCAAGUGGUUCUCUUCAGCCACUGAUUCUGACAUGACGAUUCUUCUUGCUCGCACUCCCGCUGGAAAUCUCUCGACUUUUAUUGCACCCCUUCGAAAACAUGAUCCCUCUGCCCUGAACGAAUUCGGAAACCCUGAUCCAAACGGCCAGUGCCUCAAUGGAGUACGCAUUCAGCGCCUCAAAAACAAGCUUGGAACUCAGUCACUGCCUACAACAGAGCUUGUGCUUGAAGAAAUGCGUGGGUGGCUCAUUGGAGAAGAGAAUCGGGGCAUCCAAGAAAUUUCUGUGCUGCUCAACUUGAGUCGAAUUCACACAACUAGCCAAGCUGUCGGAUAUGCAGGUCGCGGUCUGGCAGUUGCACGAGCUUUUGCGCGAGUGAGAGAAGUUGGUGCUGGUAUAGGAGGCAGGAUGGGACUAACCGACAGUUCGCUGCAUAUGAAGACGCUGGCACGGAUGACUACAGAGUACAGGCGGCUAAUAUUGUUGCACAUGUUUACCGUCUAUAUACUGGGGCUUUCUGAACAUCCGACGGAAAACAAUGCGGAUAAAGGACUGACAUCAGCGCUACAAGCAUUAACCCCUGCACCAAAGGAUAUAGCGCCACUAUUAAGGGUGCUCACACUGCUGACCAAAGCAUAUGCUUGUAACUCGGCUCUGAUUUUGCUAUUCUCUUGCACGGAGUCGAUUGGCGGCGUUGGCUAUCUGUUGAAUGAAGAACAAGAGUAUCUCAACAUUGCGCGGCUGUACAGAGACUGUGGCGUGCUGCCCAUCUCACUAAAACGCCCUGAAACUGGGGUUCAGUCAAUCGAUGCGUUGGACAAGACCAUUAAACAGGCGUUUGCGUUUCGUGGAGAUGCCGCAAGGUUUCAAAGUGUUGUGCAAAGAUGGGACAAGAUGAAAACCCGUAUCGCUAAAGAGACUCAAGCAAAUCUCGUUGGUAAAGCGAGAGACCUUGUGUGGUCUGUGGCGGAAGUCUUGAUGGCGGCUUUGUUGCAUGUUGAUGCAAACAAUAGCGGUGGUGCAGCUGAACUAGAGAUUCUCCAACAUUACCUAGAAGACAAGUUCUCGGCGCGGGAACGGGUUGGUGUGACAAAGAGAGAAGGGCUGAAAAAGGAUGUUUGGAUUGUCUAUGGAGAGGAGCAUGUGAAAACGACUUCUAACUUGUGA